AUUCAAAUAUCACUAACAACCAAAACCACAAAAACCCACCAUAUAAUUUCCUUGUCCAUGCUCUCAUCUGCUCAUGGUUAUUUUGGCCGAUUGAUCUUCUAAUACGCCAGUUUCAACAACUCUCGUUCGUUACACUUCUUCCUAGCUGCUCGGCCCGUAGUCUCUCACUCAGAAAAUUUUGAAAGAAAAUGAGUAUGAAUAUUGAAGAAUGCAAUAAAGGUGCUAUUGAUUCAGACCAUGCACGUCUUCACGAACUUGGCUACAAACAAGAACUCAAGCGCGAUCUUUCGGUGUUAUCGAACUUUGCAUUUUCAUUUUCUAUAAUAUCAGUGCUUACUGGUUUAAACACAUUGUUCGGAACUGGAUUAAGUUUUGGUGGGCCAAUUUCUUAUAUAUAUGGAUGGCUAAUUGCUGGUUCAUUUACUAUGGUUGUUGGUUUAUCAAUGGCUGAGAUUUGUUCAUCUUAUCCAACUUCUGGUGGUCUUUAUUAUUGGAGUGCUAUGCUUGCUGGUCCAACUUGGGCUCCUUUUGCUUCUUGGAUUACUGGCUGGUUCAACAUUGUUGGUCAGUGGGCAGUGACAACAAGUGUAGAUUAUUCAUUGGCACAAUUGCUUCAAGUGAUAAUACUCCUUAGCACAGGUGGAGUGAAUGGAGGUGGAUAUCAGGCCUCUAAAUAUGUAGUUAUUGCCUUACAUGCUGCAAUUCUGCUCUUACAUGCUAUUUUGAAUAGUCUUCCUAUCUCUUGGUUGUCCUUCUUUGGACAACUUGCUGCAGCUUGGAAUGUUUUAGGUGUUUUUCUUCUUAUGAUACUGAUUCCUGCGGUUGCAACUGAACGAGCCAGCACUAAAUUUGUAUUCACUAACUUCAAUACUGAAAAUGAAGGUGGCAUUGGCAAUAAAGUCUACAUCUUUGUUCUUGGACUUCUCAUGAGCCAGUAUACAUUGUUAGGUUAUGAUGCUUCUGCUCAUAUGACAGAGGAAACAAAAGAUGCAGAUAAAAAUGGGCCAAAAGGAAUUGUAGGUGCUAUUGGCAUAUCACUAAUUGUUGGAUGGGCAUAUAUACUUGGUAUAACCUUUGCAGUUACUGACAUACCUCAUCUGUUGAGUAAAAACAACGACGCGGGUGGUUAUGCGAUCGCUCAAAUAUUUUAUGAUGCAUUCAACAACAGGUUUGGUAGUGGUGUUGGUGGAAUUCUUUGCUUAGGCAUAAUUGCUGUUGCUAUAUUCUUCUGUGGCAUGAGCUCACUGACUAGCAACUCUAGGAUGGCUUAUGCAUUCUCGCGAGACGGAGCAAUGCCAUUUUCGCCCUUCUGGCGCAAAGUAAACGAGCAGGAGGUUCCAAUAAACGCAGUCUGGAUGUCAGCGCUUAUAGCAUUUUGCAUGGCAUUGACGUCUCUUGGAAGCUUGGUAGCAUUUCAAGCGAUGACAUCAAUAGCAACAAUCGGGCUAUAUAUCGCGUAUGCCUUGCCAUCCUUAUUCAGAGUGACUUUGGCUCGAAAGUCUUUCACUCCAGGACCGUUCAACUUGGGACGCUAUGGGGUCGUUGUUGGUUGGAUCGCGGUGUUGUGGGUUGCAGUCAUCUCUGUGCUCUUCUCUUUGCCUGUUGCUUACCCUAUUACAGAUCAAACUCUCAAUUAUACUCCUGUUGCAGUUGGUGGCCUUCUUAUUCUUCUUCUUUCUUCUUGGUUUUUUAGUGCUAGGCAUUGGUUUAAAGGUCCUAUAACAAAUAUUGAAGUAUAGUUCAACUGAGGAAGUGUUAAACUCUGAUUUAUGUAAUUGUAUUGAACAAUGUUAAGUAUAUACUCCAGCUACUACGUACCUUUGCUUGUC